CUUCAAGAUUCCCCCCAACCAACCUUCAAUCUUCCAUUCGUCACCCUUCUUCCUAUUCUUCCUUCUUGAUCUUAUUUACUGAGUUUGCUCUUUUCGUUCUUGGCGCCUGGCUCGAUCCGAUGUCUGCUCUCUUCCUUCCUUGAUCCCGCCCCCAAUGCCGACCCCGAGUGACAACCGCCCAACUUCGAUCGCCGAGGUGAUCUCCACCCGUACUUGCCCACCGGAACUAGACCGCGUCUCGGCUUGGAGAGAUUCACCAGAUUCAACCAUCACAGCCAGCGAGGCUAUUGAAGAUGCUCUCACACCGGCCAGCGCCACGGCACCGUCCGUGCUGAGUCGCUCUGACGAUGGCAGCGCGCUCUUGGCGUCCGACCCGCUGAAAGUGGAGAGCAGGAUGCCCGGCGCGACGGACGACGAGACUACACGCGAGCGAUCGAGUUCGCCCACGGAGCUUUGUGCUCGUAGUCGAUCGCCCGUCAUGCCGCCUAACUCUUCGCUAUUGCGGUAUGAAUUUUCAAAUGUUCGCUUGCUGCCAAAUCAUUCUUCAUCCUACCUCCGAUCUGGGAGCAGAUUUGUCGGCACACAAAUGUCCGACAAACAGGUCUAUAAUGUUGACGUGGAAAUAAAGCACGUGGACAUGGCCGAGUCCUAUCUUUGUGGCUAUCUUCGCAUUCAAGGCCUUACAGAAGAUCACCCGACUUUGACCACAUUCUUUGAAGGAGAGAUCAUUGGUACUAAACACACGUUCCAAACUCGCAAUGAGGAAUGGGGCGCCAAUGAGAAGACGGAUAUCCAUCAUUGGUCCCGUUUUCCCGCUUGGAAGCCACUCGCCAAACAGGCGAAGCGCACUGAUUUCACCUACCGUAACUUUGCUCAGCGUGAGCACGUGUUCAUGAGAUGGAAGGAAUAUUUCCUCGUUCCCGACCACCGGGUGCGAACCAUCUCUGGCGCCAGCUUCGAGGGAUUCUACUACAUUUGCUUCAAUCAAAUUGAGGGAUCCGUGAGCGGUGUCUACUUCCAUGCGAAGAGCGAGCGAUUCCAACAGCUUGAGCUGAAACAUGUCGAAGAUCGUGGAUGUGCGCCAGCAGUCGAGUUCCGCUAAGUUCUCUAGAGCUCGACUGCUGGCGCUUGAACGAUUCAGACACGCUGUUUCAAAGCAUUGGUUUGCCUCACCAACGCAUUCUCUCCAUCCUUUACUCUCCUCACGGUACAUCAUGGCCAUCAUCACUACCAUUUGACCUUCCAAUAAGCUUGUCCCACCCUCCACAGAUUGAUUCUCCGCCAAGCUUUCUUUCUUCCCUCGCCCUGGCAAUAUCUACUUACCCGACACAUCUCCAAUCUCUCUACUUGUUGGACUUCCGUGAUUUCACGGCCUGGCUGAACAUCAUACUCUCCACAUAUACCCCUCCACAUCGGUCAACUCCUGGCGCCAGCUCUCUUGUCAAACUGUAUCUCAUGCCUCACGAACCCUCAAUCUCGGAAAUGGCGUUUUCUUUUCCUUCUUUUCUCUCUUGGGCGAGAUGGGUUGUUUUCUUUUUUCCGAGUUUUCACCUUACGACAUUUUCUAUUAACCUCAUACGCCAUCUACAUCUAUUCCUGUCUUAUUUCUUUUGUGAGAUGUAUUCAAUCACAAGGCUAGUCUAGGCCUUGCAGCCCGCUUGAGAAAAUCAAUAUGCAGAUUAUUCUUGGACUCAACUCAUACAAGU